CAAUGACCAUAGAAGCGCUCCCCACACCGUUAAUUCCUGUCGGUUUUAUAAUGAAUUAUUCUUAACCCGAUACAACACACAUUUAUUUAGUUGAUAUUUUCCAAUUGUUAUUUCAGGCUUGGUUGUUUUGCCUGCCAGCUGAAAAUAUGCGUGGCCGCAUACAGAUAAGGGCGUGAUGUAGGCAAGGGUUGCUUUCAUUUCGCUCGUGCAUCGAAACACAGGUAAUUUCUUGUAAACGCUUGCGACGGAUUGGCAAACUGCAGAUCGAUACCCGACUAGGCUAUAUAUAUAUAUAUAACGACAAUCAUCUGUAGGCUAAACAAUCGUUUUCGGUGUUCUGUGAUGAGGCGUGGUCCUGGAGAUAACCAUGAUGACCAAGUCCUCAGGAAGGACACUAUGAUUAGGCUCCCCAGUUUCCUCCAUGGUGGAACUUCCAGCCUGGUGUCCACUCUCACCACCAUCGCCACCUUCCCCAUCUACAAGACUGUGUUCCGCCAGCAGCUUCACAGCACCGUAGUCAGACAGGCUAUAGGCCAACUCAGGGAGGAGGGUUUCCUGAAGCUCUACAGGGGGGUGGUGCCCCCUCUACUGAUGAGAACCCUGAACGGGGCGCUAAUUUUCGGGAUACAUGACACCUUCCUCCACUGUCUCUCCUCCUUCACCAACCCCUGCAGCGUCACCCCUCUCUCCGUGUUACCAGCUGUGGCCGGGCUCGGCACGGGCGUGGUGGAGGCCUUGGUGUUCACGCCAUUUGAGCGUGUGCAGAAUGUGUUGCAGAACGGGGGCAAUGACCGCAGCCUGCCCACGCUGAAGAGCGUGCUGGCCCGUCUGGGGGCAGAGAGGCUGGGGAUGGGGUACUACAGAGCCUUCAUCCCCAUACUGGCCCGUAACACCCUGGGAAGCUGCAUCUACUUCGGCCUGAAGGACCCCUUCAGUGCUGCUCUGAGGGAGAAGGGGCUUCCUCCUAUGGCCUCAUCCUUCCUGUCAGGAAUGGUGAUCAGCUCCAUGGUGAUCAACCUGCCCCUGUAUCCUCUGUCUGUGCUGGUGGUCAACAUGCAGGCUGAGGUGGUGGGUGAGGCAGCGGGGGUGAGGGGGAGCUGGAAGGCCCUGUGGGAAGGUCGGCUGAAGAGGAGCGUCCCCCUGCUGUACCGCGGAGGUUCCCUGGUUAUCCUCAGGGGCUGUAUCAGCUGGGGAAUCACCACAGCCAUCUAUGACCAGCUGCAGAGACGCUCCGCACACUGAAACACGACACCUCAUUGCUCCAUUCCAGACAAGGUUUGCGUCACAAAUGGCACCCAAUUCCCUUUGUAGUGCACUACCUUUAGGGCCUUGGUCAAAAGUAGUGCAUUACAUAGGGAAUAGGGUGCAAUUUGGCAGGAAGAACCUCAUAGGGCGUAUGUCAAUAGUCUAAGGUGGCUCCUUUCUCCGGAUCGCUUUUCCUUAGUCUGCCCUGGUGUGAAACCUGAGUGGAGGAUGUGCAACCUGAUAGGGAUGCACCAUAUUGCACACUUCCGCUAGAAAUUAUGAGCAGAUAAGUGAAGAUGAAAGGAGCUGAGGAGAGGAGGACAUUUUUGACUAUUGAAACGUGCCCUUGGUGAUGACUGCUGACGUCCUAUGGGAGCUGUUCUGUUCAGGAAUGCAGCAUGUUCUCAAGAAUGGUCCAGCAGCUGCAGCUGUGCACCUCUCUAUUAGUCAGGCCAUACACAUUUUAUUAAAUGUUUAAAAAGUGAACAGUAAAACUUUUAAUUUUACAGGUUUUUAUUUUAUUUGUAUGGCCUCAGUCAUCAAUAGUGUCUCUCUGAUAUCAGGUUUUUAUGAGCCAAAGAUUACUGUGCAAUGAUGUUCAAAGGUUCUAUUUCUUUCAGAUGCCUCACUGUUUCCUAUUUUUUUAAGUCAUGAAUGAAUCGAAGCCUAGGAGAUCCAUUUAUGUUCAAGGUGCUCUACCAAGGUUCGUCAAGAUGGACUUGAUAAUAUUUAAAUGAACAACUGCAUAUGAAUCAAAUAAGAUAUGUAUCACUCAGUAUAGGCUUACCUUUCUAUUGUCUUGUACUUGGAUAUCAUUACCAACUUCAGUUUCUCACAAAAUGGACUAUAAGGAUAUCAACUCUGAGAGGAAUACUUGAAUGAUAAUCUUUUGACGUCAGAGAACAUAUCCCAGACUCUGUACUACUAUACAAUGUUGCAUUAUGAUGUGUACUGAACAAAAAUAUAAACGCAACAUGCAACAAUUUCAACGAUUUUACUGAG